UUACGCGGGGCACCUUGGAAAGAGCCGGGUACGGCUCCAUGUCACGGUGGGCUUAGUGCUCCGGGAAAGGGUGUAGUGUUUAAAAGGAGGCAAGAGAGGAGACCAGAAGGAACCCACCGUUAAAGGGGAUAAACAAAACGAUACAAUAAAUCAUGCCUGCUCAAAAUAAAGAUGACGGAGGUUGGAAGUCGUAUUUGUGGAAUUCGGAGAAGAAGGAAUUUCUUGGGCGCACCGGUGGUAGUUGGUCAAAAAUCUUAUUGUUCUAUCUCAUUUUUUAUGGCUUUUUGGCUGGGAUCUUCAUAGGCACCAUCCAGAUUCUCCUCUUCACCCUGAGCGAUUACAAACCCACCUGGCAGGACAGAGUCACUCCUCCAGGACUUACCCACUACCCACAUUCAGACAAGGCAGAGCUGAUGUUCUCACCGGAUUAUGUGGAGACAUACAUGAAAUACACCAAAGCCAUGAAAGAUUUCCUAUCGGCCUAUGACUCAGAUAACCAGCGGGACCAAAUGCAGUUUGAAGACUGCGGAGAUGAACCCCAGGAUUACAAGAACAGAGGGGAUCUAGACAGUGAUAUUGGUGUUAGGAAGGCGUGUCAGUUCUCAAGGUCUUGGCUUGGGCCCUGCUCCGGCCUUGGGGACAAUGGUGAUUUUGGAUUCUCAGAGGGGAAGCCCUGCUUGAUUGUCAAGCUCAACAGGAUCGUAAACUUUAAACCCAAGCCACCAGGGUCAAAUGAAAGCAUUCCAGAAGAGGCAUGGCACAAAGUCCAGUCCAAUGUGAUCCCGCUGCACUGCACAAACAAGAAAGAAGAGGAUGCAGGUAAGCUCGGGGAGGUUAAGUACUACGGUAUCGGAGAAGGCUUCCCCCUUCAGUAUUAUCCCUACUACGGGAAAAUCCUGCACCCCCAUUACCUGCAGCCUCUGGUGGCCAUCCAGUUUGUCAACAUCACCUUGAAUACGGAAAUCCGCGUCGAGUGCAGAGUGUUCGGGGAAAACAUUUAUUACAAUGACAAGGAUCGCUAUCAGGGACGAUUUGAUAUUAAAAUUAAUGUCCGCAAGUCAUGACCUCUGAACUAGUGUACCUCAACUCUCUCCCUAUUUAAAGGCAAACUAAGGCCCCUCUUCUGACCUGAGAUACAAAGGCACCAGAGACAAGUUUCUCACCACUGGGUUUUACCGAAGGGAUGUUUUUUGAAUGUACAAGUGUCUCAUGUCAGAAAGUGGCCUCAUUAUAGUUUAGGAGAGACUAAUAAAUAAAAAAGAAUAUUUAAAAUGCUAGUCAAAUACAUACCAUCUUAAACAUGUGGGACCUAACAUUGUCUGUACUCUUUCCUUCAAGCUUUUCUGCUUUCAGUCUAGGGUUAGAAUGUAAUUGCCUGGAGGAUUAGCCAUAGCAUAGAAUAUUUAUUCUGCUACUGAAUGAGAACUGUCCAUGAUCAAUGGGGUAUGUUGUUUUACUGUAAAUUACAUUUCCUCUACCGAUGUAUCCAGCACUGUUUUGUCUCUCUUGUAUUGUAUUGCUGCCUUGUGUGAUUUACCUAUAUUUAGAAAGUGCACAGUAGUUGCAUAUGUAGGUUGUUUCAAGCCAUGUGUGUGAUUCAGCUUCAUUUGUCAAAUGUGCCUACAUAUGCUGUAUGUAUAGUUACUUAAUAGAAAUACACUGGCCUCUUAACAUUGCCUUUUCGGGGUAUUGAUGUUCUAUUUGCAUCUUUUAGGUGUAAUCGGUGGGUAAUUUACUUUAAUUCCUAAAAUCACUACAAUGUAGGGAAGAUUGUACUUCUAAUUGCUGUUUGGUUUUCACUGAAUGUAUAUUUUGCUUUUUGAUUAUCACAUGUGGAGGGACCUAAAACUGCAGUUUUUGUUUUUAUGACUCAGUGUUUUCUUUCUUGCCUCGUCAGUUUUCUUCUCAUCACAUGACAUCUCAGACAUCACAUAGUGUGGUUGAAUGUUCUAAACUGGAAUAUUUAAAAGCUGUGACCUUAUAUAUUCUGUUUGUUAAUGAUGCCAAAGCCAUUAAGAUUAUUAUAGAUUCUUUCAGAAUUAAUGCAAUACCCUGUCCAUCGGGAUGUUUCGUAGGUGUGUGCAGUCAGUGUCAGCCAUCAGAAAUAUCAAAUUACACAAUCCUACAGGCUCUCAUGUUGAAACUAAACUGGAAAAAAGACUAACCAAAAUAAAGCUGAGACUCUAAA